CCAUUUGCUAGUGUUUCAAUACCGUCCUCAUAGAAUCCAAAUAGAAGAGAGCCGCUGCGUUUGUACAAGUAUUCGUGUCAAUCUUUUGCGCCAUAAUUGUUCUCACAACGCAAUCACGGUAGACCAGGUCCAAGAUACAAGGAGAUGAAUUCGGUGAGCUCGCUUGACAUUCAGACAGGCUAGUUGAUAUCCAAGAGCUAAUCUCUCAUCGAUCCUCGCAUUCAAUGUUUUUAAACAGUAUACUACGCUGAGGUGAACGCGAGCAGAAACCCUCGAGGGAAAACAAUGAUCCAAAACGCGGUCACGACUUCCUAGAAUGAUCGACAGACCUAUGCGUGCUUCAAGCUGUGUUGUUUAGUUACUCCAAGGCGACCUUCCUCUUCAUCUCUGUUUAAAACCAGAUCUGAUCCAGCAAUUUUCGAUGUCUGCUCACGUUCUUGAGAGUUUUUUGCCGUGGACAGUGGAUCGUCUGAAGUCAGGCAAGUGGACGAGAUCUGUAUGGGACGUCAUUUUCCCUGCAGAAGUGAUGGAUCUUUGUCCUGCGCCGACCUAUUCCAUUCCUUUUGGCUGGGAACCUUGGAUAGUAAAGUGGCCUGCAGUGGCAGUGUUCUGUGUGAUCGGGUUUCUUGGCGGAUUGUACCUGGGUCUUCAUCUACUUCUGUCUCAGAGAAGAUCCCAACAAGUUCCCGGGUACUUCAUGUGGGGUUUCUCUUGUUUCUGGUAUGGUUUUAUGUGCCUGGGUGCCCUCUUCACCCAUUGCAUACAAACGAAUCACAUAAGUAUUUUCUACCUGAUGGACGUUAUAGCAACUGGGUGCUGUGGGAUAUCUGCAGCGGGAGGCUUCCUGAGUGUGUGGAAAGUCAUCGAUGACAGACGGGUUACGUGGCAACUGGUUGCUAUUUCUACUUUUACAGUCGUUAACAUCCUCGCUGUCAAUUCAACUGCGUUUAUUCGAGAUCAGAUCUAUGGCAUUCCAUGCGCUCUUACUGUGAUUCUUCUAGUGCACCACAGGAGGACAUACGGUAGAAACGCUCUCUUACUUGACGACGUUACACCUGACAAUGUUAAUGCCAAAACGGCAGAGAAAUGGCUUGCCUUUGGCGUAGCUGGCUCUGUUUUGGCCCUUGGUUCUGUUUUGGCAGAUAAAUGGCUUUGCCUUGCAUUUGGAUCCCAUGGAAGUUUCCUGUUGUGGGUUUUCCUGGGUUGUGAUAUGGCGCUGCUCAGCUCGUACAAAUUUAUCACCGCUUUAGGAGGUGUUUCCACCGAGACCAGCUACCGGAAAACAAAAACUAUAUAACUUACAUGUCAUGAAGUUUCUUAUUUCCAGUAAAGGAUUAAGCUUGUUGACUUGGACCAACC